GAGUAUCAGGUUUCAAACUAAUGUAGGACCGAGUAUCUUGCUUUUUUUCUGUUGCCUUGAUUGACCAUUCCAGUGCCAUCAGAGUGGAGGAAAUGUAUGUACUCUGAGCUGAGAAAAAAUUUUUGCUCUACAGGCAGCAGCACAAGGAAAGGAAAAUCAUUUAUCCAGUGUGAAGAAUGAGCGACAGUUUCCAGGAAGACAGGUAUGAGAGGAUAUGGGGUCAUUAACAGUGUGUGUCUCUCGGGGUCCUGACGUUCAGGAGAGACAGUUCAGAGGUCUUUCACUGUCCCUGCAGAGGAGGGUCAUCCAUUUCGCCAGCGGUGAGACUCUGGAGGAAGAUGACAGUGAGGAGGAGGAUACAUUACAAGAGGAGGUGUUUAGGGAGCCUGAAGACAUGCCCAAACUCCCAUGGAGAGCUUUUACUUGGUCUCUGGGCAGGAAGUCAUUGCGCACUUGUGAUUUUCUUGGGGAAAAACUGGCUGGUCUACUUGGUCUCAACACUGCCAAAUACCAGUAUGCUGUAGAUGAACAUCAGCGUGAUAACAAGAACAUAGGCAGUAAAGACACUGAAUGCUCCUAUGAGAAAAGAAGGGAGAGAAGUCACCUUUCUUUGAGGAUGAGCAGUGAAUAUGGUGCCACAAGCUCCCAAGGAGUCCCAGCUGGUUCUCAAGCCACUGAGCACAGAACGACAGGAUCCCACAACAUGGGUUAUCAAGAUGAUAAUAAGAACUGAAAAAGAACUAGGCUAAUAAACAAAUCAAAUGUUAUUUGUCAUAUGCGCUGAAUGACCGUGAAAUGCCUACUUACAUUUUUUUGCAUUGUUUGUUGAAAUGUAAGUUUAAAAAAAAGUUAAAUAAACUAAAGGAAAAAUAGUAAAACAAUAGUAUGCAUUGAACUUGUUGUGCUAACAAACUAAGAGAGCAAAUAUUUAUAUUGCUGUGUGUAUUUGUUGGUGUUCCUCUGUGAUUUCUACUGUAUUGCACUUUAUCUGACUAUAUUAAUACCAUUCUGAAAUGUUAAUUAAAAACACGCAGUAUACAUUUUC